CCUUCCUGUUCUUCUACGCUUCCUUUUGGCGGCAUACUACUAACACAUACUUUCAGGCUUUUUAUAAUUAGGAUUUUAUUUGUAUCACCCCCGGCAGAUAUUAAACCACGAACACGUUUACAAGCCAUUCUCUGCGUUUUGUCACAGUUACAAUAUUGUUAAGCUUAAUAAAACCCUGGAACUUUGCGAAAAGACUUAAACAAAAUGACAGACAGGUAACCUGAGGUGGACUUCCUGUACCUGCCUCUGGAUCCUGAUGUUUGGAGCUGUGUUAGGAUCUGCCGAAGACAUGGAGACGCCAGAGACUGCUGCCAAAAGCCCCGUCCGUCAGUCCCCCUCUCUGUGUGCCGGGGAGCAGGACUUUGUUGACAGGAGGAAGAAAAUUGUCCUGAAGUCACUGAACAACCUGGGAAUCAACUGUACUGCAGACUCUGUUCCUCACAUAGCUUUUUUGGCUUCAGGCGGUGGUCAGAGAGCAGCUGUGGCCCUGGUGGGUUCUCUCCAUCAGCUGCAGAAAGACGGUCUGCUGGACUCACUGCUCUACCUGAGCGGAGUUUCUGGUUCAACCUGGUCGAUGGCCUCCCUGUACAGCGACCCAGAGUGGAGCCUCAACAUGGACCGGGCCGUGUCCAGGCUGUCAGGUCCAGGAGUGGAGCUGAACCAGGCUCUGGCCUGGCUGGUUGACACAGCACAAGAGGAGUCCUUCUCUCUGUCCGACGUCUGGGGCGUUUUGACCUGUGCUGGGAUCAUGAAGCAGAUGGACCAGCGCCGGCUCUCAGACGAGGCCAGUUACAACGCCACCAACCCUUACCCCGUCUACAGUGCCGUAGAGAAGACGUGCUUUUCACACGGAGCCACUGCAGGGAAGUGGUUGGAGAUGAGUCCCCACGAGGCUGGAUUCACAGAGAUCGGACUCUUUGUCCCGACGACUCUGCUGGGGAGUAAGUUCCAGAAGGGGGAGCUGUUGGAGCAGAAGCCUGAGAUGGACAUGAUCAGACUACUAGGUGUGUUAGGAUCUGCACUGGCUGAUGAGGACAUGAUCAAAGACCUAAUCCCUUGGCUCAACCAUAAGCAGAUCUUGGACGACGCGGCUCAGCAGUACGUCCGUGUCUACAGCUCCCUGAAUAAACUGUUGGUCCUGAUGAGCAGCACGGUCCAGGCCCCGGCUCCUCUGUCGGCCCUGAACGACCUUCAGGGAAUCCUGUCAGACAUGGUGAAACGGAACCAGUCAGUGUUGCUGGAGUCGAAGAGUCCAGAGGAGAAGGAGAGACUGUUCCAGCAGUGGACCCAGGACCUGCUGACUGCCGUGCAGACCUGGAGCCAGAACCUGGAGGAUGGAGACUUCAAAACCCACGUUGGUUUGCUGGUGAACCAGGUCCUUCCCAGUGUAGUGGAAUGGGAAUGGGGAACAACCAGUAACUUCCUGUACCAGUAUGAAGAUUCCUCCGUCCCUCUCUGUCUCAACACCGCGGAAAACAUUCACCUGAUCGAUGCUGGGCUGCUGAUCAACGUGGGCUACCCUCCAUUUCUGGGCCACAAGAGGGACAUCGACCUGAUCAUCGCACCAGAGUACAGUGCUGGGAACAUGUUUGAGACCCUGACCCUGGCCAGAGACUACGCUGCCGAGGUGAAGAAGCCGUUCCCAGAGAUACACCGGCAGAUCCUGGAGGACAGGGAGUGGCCCAAGGACCUGUACGUCCUGGAGGGGACCAACCAGGCGCCCACCAUCGUCUACAUGCCACUGUUCAACAGACGCAACUGUAAAGACGCAGAAGAGUUCGCCGACAAGAUGCAGCUGUUCUCCACCUUCCAGAGACCCUUCGACGAGGAGAAGAUCCAGUACGUACUGAUGACGGCCCGGGAGAACAUGAAGAACAACAGGGAGACUCUGCUGAUGGAGGUGGAGAAGGCGGCGCUGCGUCGACAGAACAAGAACAGGUUUGGCAGAAACUCCCACAUGACCAAGUGCGAUGACGUCGUAUCACGUGACCGUCUCACUGAUGGGUUCAUAUUUCACUACAGUUUUCAUGCAGUAACAGUACAGGAAGUUGGAUCACAGUCUUUGUCACGAGUUACAAUUUAACACCAGGGGGCGCACUGCAUCCACGGUUAUAGGCGUCGUUCCACCCUGUACUCUCUCUCUCUCUCUCUCUCUCUCACACACACACACACACACACACUGCAGCUGGGCUGGAGUCCUAAAACUCCUGCUGCUCUCUGGGCCACGGUAGAUUUUGGAAAUGAAUCAGAGCAGAGUGAUUUUAAUCACGUUAAUUAAAUUAACC